GGAACAGCGAUGUGCGUCUGCUCACACUUUAUUUUAUUUUUACAAUAGUUCAACAAUGUUGCUUGUUGUUCAUUGUGAUUGCAAGUUGUUCGGCCCGAAUGGACCACGAGAAAGGCAGCUGAGCUUGUGAUUCUGUCUUGUACAGUAUCGUUGUCUUGGUCUGGUUGGCGUGGUCAGUGUCAUGGAUGUGGACGUGAAACACCUCGUACGAUUCUUUGCUGUGUGCGCUGUUGGCGAUGAAUUGAAAUCAUAUUUGACUGAAGAUAAUGAACGUGCACCAUUGGAGCGUGCAUACAGUCCCGACGUGAUCUGUCACUUCCCCAAGGAACGGAGCGAGCACAAAUUCAAUAAAGACGCCAGUCGGCUGUCUUUGCCACAUGGUGUACGCUUCUACACCCGGGAAGCUGUACCACAGACUCCAACCUUUCACCCGUUUGUCAUCACGGAUGAGUUAGGUGCGCGCUCAUAUUGCGUGUCUUUGCUCUUCUACCAGCAAGCACAGGAUCCGGACAUCAUCGAGAAGUUUGCCAAACUGCAGGAUGAGUUUCUCUCUGCACAUCCGGACCAUGCUGGAAAGGUGACCUGGAAGCGCGGCGAUACCCUCAUGCAGGCCAAAACUCUUCUCCUGGUGUUGAGCGGCCCGUACAGUAUGUUUGGUCGGCACAUCCUGGAGCAAAUGUUAGCUUGUGGCCAUGCUGAGGGUGGAAGUGAUUUGGUAGCUCAACACCUCCACUGCUUGCUACAUUCGGUGUUUUUGCCCAAGCCCGGAUGUAUGGUCGAGUACCCCGGGCCGUUUGGGCGUGCAUUCUGUCGUCUGCCACUCGAGAAGAGCAUGCCGGCCGUGGACUUUUCACUGCGCCGCUUGCUGCAGAAGUUCUCGGUGAACGACAUCCUCUUGAUCCUGAAAUGCCUUCUCCUGGAGUCCUACUUUCUUAUCGUGUCCAAAGAUCUCCACGAGAUUGGAAUGUUUACAUAUGUCUUGCCACUGCUGAUAUUCCCGUUCUACUGGGACCAUGCAUAUAUACCGGUUCUGCCCAUGGUUGACGAUCCGGCAGUGUUCUUCGAUGCACCGUGUCCAUUUAUCAUGGGCUUCAAAAUUGAUUGCAAGUCACCGGCUCGGGAUGACCUGCCAUUUGAGAUUCGAGAGGAGGUCUGUCUCAUCAACAUUGACUUUGGACAUGUGGACAUCGAGGUGCACAAGAACGUGCCUCUACCCAAGGCCGCUCUUCUGAUGGCCAACCUGAAGGAAAAGCUCGAGACGCACGACAUCCAGUCACCGCUUCUUGGCCCGCGCACUCCAGACUCUCGGCCGAGUACGACCAGCGGCUUGUCAUCGGUGUGCGAGAGCGCUGACCUGUUUCAGCGUGACAUGGCCGUUUGCUGCAAUCUGGACAAGCCUUCGCCCAAAGUUAAAGUUCACCAUCGGCAUGUACUCAGAAGACAAAUCUCUCCCACUAGCUCACCGACAGCGCAGUUGAGAUCAACACCCACAAAGUCAUCCUCGCCAGGCGGCGCUCCGCAGUCGAAGGCGAAAGCUCGUUUGGCGCGCAUCGCACUGGAGGCUGGAAUUCCCACAUCGUUCUCGGACUCAGCACGUGUGGACGAGCCGCAGAACACUGGUGGUGUGCAAGCGGAGCCCGAAGAUGCUGAGAGGUCGCAGUCUUCUAACGAUCCCUAUGUGAAGGAACUGCAGCGGAAAUGGGCAAUCGAAGAAGACGGCUUUGGCGAGAUGCAGAAAUUCAACAGUGAAAUUCAGCAGGUGUUCCUGGACUACUACAUAUCUCUACUGCAUGAUUACUCUCUCUACAUUUGUGAAUCGCAGAGUGACUUUGUCAUUUUUGACAAGGAGUCAUUCUUAUCGGAUCAGCCUGCCAGUUUGCUUGGCUUCUUUGAAAUAUUCCUGGAAACGGCACUAUUCAACAAGCUUAUUGAGUCCAAGUUUGGUGAAAAGCUGGGCACUGUAUCGCGGUCUCUAGAAUACUUUGAGGAAUGUGUAAGGAAAGCCACCUCAAGAAGUGAUGUGCAACAAGUGCCAUCUGGAGAGAAAUCCAGAAGGAGAGGCAAAUCUCACGCUUUUAGGUUUGAGGUCUUUCAACAGCAAGCGCAGCCGGAAAGGCCGCAAAGCUCCAGUAAUGAUUUGUUGUCAGGAGAUGAGAGGUCAAUGAGCCGUCACAGCUCUGAGCUUACAUCACCAGUGGAAGAUGGCAAGACGCUUGACAUGCCUUCGAGUGGUCACAAUAACAGCCUUGGUGUACCGAAUGUGAACGGAGACGGUAGCAGCCCAACGUCGUCGGGUAUCGGUCAGCUGCGAUUGCAAGCCUCCGUCACUCCAGAGCCUGGGACUGGCCCAUCCAAUGGCAGUGGAGCCCGUACUCCAGACACUGGCAAUCUUCUCCUUGGCCUACUACCGACCAUCUCCACGAACUCACUGCCAAGCACUGCCACCUCCCAAGCAACAUUCGUGCGGCAGUUGUUACGUGAUUGCCGGGUUAAGGUGAAGCGACUGCUGGUUAGCAAGAUGGGCCGCGAUGCAAUGAUGCUGGGCCAUGCUGAUCACGCCGGUGGUUUGCUGGAAGACAACAGCCUGAUCACCAGCCUGUGUGAAUUGCUGGAAAGAGUAUGGAUGCAUGGCAGUGUGCAAGGAAAGCAUGCAUCAUCCACCCAGGGGAAAUCGGUCAUGUGGACACAUCUUGAAACAUACUACGAGGAACGAAGAGACCUGUUGGAAGAAGCGUGUAUGCCGGCAGAUGACGAGUUGUUUCCUGGCAGCAAACACAGAGCCUCAGUGAAUGAUGGCGUGGCAGCCGAGUCCAACUCACUGUUGAGCAAUGAUGGGUCGUCACCCCACCACAGUCCAAGCAUGUCGUCAGAUAAGUCCGUUUCGUCUUCGUCGUCAUCAUCCAUGUCCCGGUCCAUCAGCUCGCCAAGCAUCAGCGACCUAGCCUCCAACGUCAAGCUGUUUGCCAACAAUCUGAGACGAGAGCGGCGCUCGCUAGGCCGACUCCACGAGCUACCCAUCAUGGACCAGCACGUGGGUGCUCACGUCCGUUUGUUACGUGCUCGGUACUGCAGCAGUGCUCCAACGCAACCGGCAGUGGGCCUGCUUGAUGAUAUAAGGAGUGUCAAGGAGAUGGCUGCGAUCAAAACUGACAUUGGCUUUGCCCGUGCCUUCGUUCGCUUAUCACUGGAGAAGAAAGUGCUGUCAAGUCACAUCGCAGAGCUGGUUCAGGACAGGAUGAUGCUACAGAGUUCCUAUCGAGAAUAUGCAUUCUUGCGGUGCGAAGACGAGCUGGAGCAGUUUCUCAUUCAUCUGCUUUCACUGACGACAGUGGACGUGUUUUGUUUCUCAACUCGCUACUCUCAAACUGUCUUUCGCUAUUCACUGGUAUUGCUUCCCUGCGCUGCUGGUAUUCGGCAACAAACGACCAGUGGUACCUGUCAGCUGUUUGGUAGCCAUGGCAUCUCGGAGGUCAUCCAGUUACCGGAGCAAUCGGGCAGUGUCUCUGUUGAGAUCACCAACUUGGGCAUACUGGAAAGCAUGAUUCUUCGCUGUCCAGGGUUGUGCAUUACAUCGCGCUACUCUCGUAUGUUUGUAGUGUGCAGUGUAACAGACGCCUGUUAUGAAUUCGUAGUGGAUAGCUGGGUGAGAGCAGAGGACAACAAUCAGGAGCUGUUACUUGUGGCAACACAGGUCUCACCUAAUACAGUGCUGGAAGCAAGCCUUCCAUCCCGGCGCGUGAGUGGAGGUUCCCCACCAACAUCGGUAGACAGCACAGGAGGUGCUCGGUUACGUGAAAACGUUGCGUCUUGCGUCAACAACUUCGCCAAGUACCUAGACAAGGCGCUGCCACCGUCUCAGACGCUCACAGGCCUUAUUUGGGGUCCGGACGGCCUGUGCCAUCAUCUGCAAGAGGUAUUCACGCACGGCUUGAAGCCCUCUCGGGUGUUGAGAUCAAGGCGGCCUGCCUGGGAAUUCAUUGAGAAACUAUGCGCCAAUGAGUCAGAUGUCCCUGCAACAUUGGCCUCCGUUUUCGCAGCACUGGAUCGCAAGACAACUGUGUCGAAAUCAGUGAAGUUUUACGAGUUUGUUUGCCAUGGCCUUAGGACGAAAGAGUUGCCUAUCUGGGUGAGUUUCAUAUUCAAGUCCAGCCUGCGCAUGAAGAUGUACCAGCAGUGGGCGCUGCUAUGGGAUGGGGAGCUGACAUUCCACAUCCUGGCCGUGAUUGCCUGGCUGUGUGAGCUGGAGUUCCAGUUGCCCACAUCCAUCAGCAUGUUCCUGACCAGUGUGAGAUGAGUUCAGGCCAUGCACCGGUCCAAACUCCUGAGUGCACAGGCAAGCUUUAUCUGUUUUCAUUUUUAUUUUUUUCUAGUCGGUUCCGAGUACCUUUUCAGUGAGCCUAGAACCAAAGUUAUCAGUCCACCGCCUCCCUAUCCAGAGUUUAUCAACAGUUUAUCUUCCGUGUGUUUCAUUCACCUCAUCAGAGAAUGUCCCCUUUAGCACUCCCCUACCGAUUAUUCUAAUAUUUAAUCCCACUAUCUAUUCUGUUAUUCCUCCCAAUCGAUUGUGCUCAGUAGUAGUAUUCUGUUGCUGUCAUUGCUUUUAUGAUUGUUUGCUAGUGGAACACGGCCACUGCUGCUGCUGCCGGUGCCGCUGUUGCUGCCCUUGCAGCUGGUAUUGUCACGGUUAGCUUGCACGAAUGCCCACCACGGCUACCGAUCAGAAAAUGCAGAUGAUCUAUAAUUAUCAAAAUGUCCAAUGGUCGCGAUAUGAAACUACCGGUAUCUUCCUGUGAAUGGACGAGAGCCCCUGCAGCCGAUAUAAGAGAAAUAGGUGUGUUUAUGUGUGUGUGUGUGUGUGUGUGUGUGUGUGCCCGCGCACGUUUGUGUGUGUCUGUUUGUUGCCCAUGCGCGGAGUUUCAAAAUCUUUCCCCUCAUUAUUAGCACCUUUCCAACCUAUUAUAUUCCACAAUGUUUUAUGUUAUACCACUGAUGUGUGUUAUGAAGAUAUCCAAUUUUCAAACUCA